AUUUUUUUUUCGCACAGUUGUCCUGAGUUUUGCCCUGCUCUCCAUCUCAGUUCUUUGUGUAGCAGUGUAAUCCAGAAUUCUCUUUAAACAGUGUGUGUUGACAGAGAAAAGGAGGAAGUGCCAGGACGAGGGAUGCAAACCCACUGAAGGCCCCAAAUGAGCAGCUCCUGUGGAAUGCAGUGCAUGUUCAAAUAUUGCAAGCAAGCAAGCAAGCCUUUGAUGGUAUCAAUAUAUUGGCCGCGAUUGAUCCAGACAGCGCAGCCGAUGACAGUUAUUGGUCUCAUGCAAGAUGGCGAUGAAGAUCCCACCGUCAACAAAACAGACAAACCUCACAUGCUACCUGAUUCCACUCCGGCGCACGUCGAGAAUCCAAUAGGAUCCAGCGGCGAACCACUUCCUGGACCCAGCGGCGAACCAGCAAGAAAGAAGGCUAGAAAAACAAAUCGUCCCACCUCGCCGGUCAGUCCUGGACCAGGCGGCGAACCACCAAGAAAGACUUAUCGUUUUACAGUGGUGGUCCGACCUGAACCGAAUGGCGAACUACCAAGAAAGGCUUAUCGUUUUACCCGGGCGACCAGUCCUGAGACUGUGCUGUUUUAUGACUGGAGUAGAAGCCAUAAGGAUGACGUGACCACCUGGGGCACGUCUCAAAUCGAUGCUUGGGACCAGAGUUCUUGGACGAGCGAGCGUGACAAGGUGUCAACCACCAAUGUGGGUCAAACACCAUAUCCUUCUCACUCACCGUCGUCGGAAGAAGUAGAAGUGGAAGAAGUGCUGGCGCCUCAGCCGGUUGAUGAACCAUUUGAUGAUCUGCCUCCGACUCAUAGAUGA